CUGCUGCUGGUGCCCGCCUCUCGCUCGCUCGCCAUUGCGGCGGCUCAGGGCGAGCCGCGCCGUGUCCCCGCUCGGCUCCCUCCCCGGCCGCCGCCUGGCAGUGGCUCCACGGCGCAGGCCCGCUGCAGCGCAGCCGCUCUGAGCCAACCCAUCAUGAUUGGCAGACUCCAUAAAGGCAUCAAGGAGCCCUACUGUUAGAAGAUUCCAAAACUUGCACUUGAUGGGAAGCAUGAACAAUAUUUGUCUUCCAUUCUUCCUCUAAACAUGGCCAAAUAUGGACUCAUGGUGUCUGACGGAAUUGAAUUAUUGAGUAGCUAUUAAUGGAAGGACACGGGGUGACCAAAACAGAACACAUGGACACCAUUGAGGCCCAUGCCGUGGCUCAGCAGGUGCAGCAGGUCCAUGUUGCCACAUACACAGAACACAGCAUGUUGAGUGCAGAUGAAGAUUCACCGUCUUCUCCUGAGGAUACCUCCUAUGAUGACUCUGAUAUUCUCAACUCUACUGCUGCUGAUGAGGUCACUGCCCACCUGGCUGCUGCAGGCCCGGUGGGAAUGGCAGCAGCUGCCGCCGUGGCAACAGGUAAAAAACGAAAGCGACCUCAUGUGUUUGAGUCCAACCCAUCCAUCCGCAAGAGGCAGCAGACACGUUUGUUACGGAAGCUCCGCGCCACACUAGAUGAAUAUACCACCAGAGUGGGGCAGCAGGCCAUUGUUCUUUGCAUAUCCCCCUCCAAACCCAACCCUGUUUUUAAAGUGUUUGGUGCUGCACCAUUGGAGAAUGUGGUGCGCAAGUACAAGAGCAUGAUCCUGGAAGACCUGGAGUCAGCACUAGCGGAGCAUGCCCCUGCGCCACAAGAGGUUAACUCCGAGCUGCCACCCCUAACCAUCGACGGAAUUCCUGUCUCGGUGGACAAGAUGACCCAGGCACAGCUGCGAGCAUUCAUCCCCGAAAUGCUGAAGUACUCAACAGGUCGUGGGAAGCCGGGCUGGGGGAAGGAAAGCUGCAAACCCAUUUGGUGGCCUGAGGAUAUUCCAUGGGCAAAUGUUCGCAGUGACGUCCGUACAGAGGAACAGAAACAGAGGGUGUCCUGGACCCAGGCAUUGCGGACUAUUGUGAAGAACUGCUACAAACAGCAUGGGCGUGAAGACCUACUCUAUGCCUUUGAGGAUCAACAGACACAGCAGCAGACCGCAGCUACGCAUAGUAUAGCGCAUCUGGUCCCAUCACAGACGGUGGUACAGACCUUCAGUAACCCUGAUGGCACUGUCUCCCUUAUCCAGGUUGGUACAGGGGCUACAGUCGCCACUCUGGCCGAUGCCUCCGAGUUGCCUACCACAGUUACCGUUGCACAAGUCAAUUACUCCGCGGUAACCGAUGGAGAGGUGGAGCAGAACUGGGCAACGCUACAGGGGGGUGAGAUGACUAUCCAGACGACGCAGGCUUCGGAGGCCACGCAGGCGGUGGCAUCGCUGGCAGAAGCAGCAGUGGCAGCAUCUCAAGAGAUGCAACAAGGAGCAACCGUUACCAUGGCACUGAACAGUGAAGCAGCUGCCCAUGCUGUCGCCACGCUUGCAGAAGCCACCCUUCAAGGGGGAGGACAAAUCGUCCUGUCUGGUGAAACUGCAGCAGCCGUGGGAGCGCUUACUGGAGUCCAGGAUGCUAAUGGCUUCCUAGCAGCAGACUGUUCAGGUUGCAAGUGGAGUCUAACAGAAAAUUCCACAGGGCUCGUCCAGAUCCCCGUCAGCAUGUACCAGACGGUGGUAACCAGCCUUGCCCAGGGGAAUGGUCCUGUUCAGGUCGCCAUGGCUCCCGUUACUACGAGGAUAGCAGACAGUGCCGUCACCAUGGAUGGUCAGGCAGUGGAGGUUGUGACCUUGGAACAGUGAUGCCGCUGCCCCGGCAGGAUCAUGAUGAUGUUUUUCCUCGUCUCUUACGUGAAUAAUUUUUUUACGCCUCUUCAGAGAUGCAAUCAGGUGGUAUUGAGUCUCUCCGCUUUGGAAGCAAAGGUUUCGUUAACCUUUUUUUAAAAGGAAAAACAAAAUAGCAGAGGAUGUGUUAAGUGCAUUUUUAUAGUGCCGCGCUGAUCUUGCGGGAGUGGAAAGCCAAUUGGUAAUGGACUUUCAUUCUGAGGAGAUUGAAAUCAAAACACACACACCCCCCCAAACCCCCGCAUGAAAUCUCUCUCCUUAGAAUCAGGGCAAGAUGGGAAGAUUGCCACCCCCUGUAGGAAGCGGCUGUGCCCUUGACUGGAGACCGUUCCAACAGCGCUGAUGCCCGCUAAACCGGCAGCGAGUUCUGUGGUGGCUCCUGGGGUCGGCCCCUCUGCCCCGUCGCUUUGAGAAUUAGGUUUCAAAAGAGAGCGAGAGAGCGCGUUUGGAAAAAGUCUCUCCUCGGGGAAGGCGCAGGCAUGAUUGUGUAGGGGCAGCAGUAGCUUUUUGAAGGGAUAAAGCUCCUCAGAGGACAGCAAUUGAUUACCCCGCAGUCCCCGUAAGAGAGGAAAACUCUGCCGUUGAAGUUCUUAAGUUGAAGUUUCCAUGGAGAGUUCCACCCAUGCCCCUGCCUUGCUCUCCUGUAAUCCACGCUCAAGACCUGCCCUUAUCUUCUCUGCUAUGGAAAUGGAGCUGACAUUUUAGACCUUUCUCUUUAUUCUUUCAUGUUUGUAAAUUUAGACUGCAGUGGCGACUCUCUUGGGGGGCUUUGGCUGGGGUGCUGAGGAAGGGGAAGGCUGUUAAGAAAGUGAGGAGUUACUGACUAGGGCAAAUUCUUCCUUCCCCUGCAUCUCCCCAGGACUCGUUUUAUACCUGAAUCUUAUUCAGCCCCGUUGCUGAGAGAUACAUUGAGUUCACCUGAGCUAUGUCUGUCACUGGUAUUAUCAGAGCUGUGAUAGGACUGUAUGAAACAGACGUCCCCUAUCACAGCCUCUACCCAUCCUGGAAUAUCCAAUCCCCACAGUAUUUCCUUGUUCAAUAAAUAUGAGGGUCAAACCGACUCCUCCCAUAGCCCCCUGACCCAGUUCGCGUUCCCCAGGUCAUGCACCUGUUUCUGCUGUAUGUGCAUCUCCAGCACGGCUUUGCUGCUGCUAGUUUUUUAAUCUACUUCAUGUGAAAACCUCUAGACAGAAAAACGCCUGGUGUGUUUUCAGUGGCUGAUUUUACUUUGACUUUCCAAUGGGCCAAACCUUUGCUUCCCAAAACCAACAAACACUGCCCCUCCCCCAGGCAAGCUCCUCCCUCCUUUUAGCCACACCCGCCUUCGGUGUGUGCAAUUGUGCAUGGUAUUUAAUUUUUUUUAUUUUAAGUGGCCAUUUAACAAAAUUCUCCACGUCUUGCUCCACCUUCGAGAAAGUUUUCAGAUUCUUGUAUUUACUUGUUUUAUAUGAAAAUAUCAAAUGUUCUUUGUAUAUGUUUUUCUGUACUUUAAGGAGGGGAGGGAAACAUUUCCGUAGAAACAGCCCUGCUUUUCCGAUUUAUUUUUUUUAACUAUUAUUAUUUUUUAUUGUCGUUGUGAAGAUGUCCAGUGGCUUUAAAGUCAGUGUUUCUUUGGCGAUGAAAUAACGUUCUUACAGUCUAAGACAUUCUCCCCAGAAAAAGGAAAGAAAACCAAACAGUCAAGUAGCAGAGCAUGGAAUACCUGUUGUUUUCCCAUUCUGUCUAUUAUUGCCUCAUUCAAUAAAUUGUUACAAAUGUGUCUGCA